GAUAUGAAUAGCGAUGAACAUCAAUACACAAAAGCAAAAUCCGUUGAAUCGGCUGUCGAGGCACGUCUCUUGUAUGGCAUAUAGAUUUUGUAUAUGACUAUUCAGUGUAGGUAACACAAGGCUUGAAAAUACUGGAGAAUGGCGGGCAAAGAAGAUUUGGGCAGUAAGGUGACGAUCCGUCAGUGCACCCAUGAAGAUUUUGUAGCGAUGGUCAAAGUCUCGAAUGAGGUGGAGCAUUGGAAUGAGUCUCUGGUGGACCUUGAACUCUUAGGGAGAUGCUUCCCUGGGGGGUCAUUCGCGGCUCUCUUAGAGGGAAAGCCAGUUGGUUUUACGAUGGGCUUCAAUUGGUCCGAGCGUGAAGCCUUCGGAGGGAUGUCGGUUGUCUUGCCGGAGUACAGAGGAAGAGGAAUCGGCACGGCGCUCUGGGCUGAACGACGCAAGUACGUUGGUGACAGAAAUUUCGGCAUUAUGAGUGUACCAGAACGUAUUGAACCAAAUGGUCGCAUCGGUUUCAACGUAAAAUCUGCGGAAACUGGCAUUUAUGAGGGUAAACUCGACCUCAGUAAGCUGGAGGCUCCAAGCAAACAAUACGGCAUACAAGUUCAUGAUGUGGGGGACUUAUUCAACGAAGUCGUCGCUUAUGAUGCUGACAUUUACCCAAUCUGUUCAAGAGCGAGCUAUCUCAAGGAGUGGUUUCAGAAGGAGAAAACGAAGACUUUGGUAGCGGUUAACGAUGGCAACGUUGUUGGCUAUGGGUGUGUUCAGCCUGCUGGUGAAGGCUACUAUGUGACGCCACUGUAUGCUGAUACAAAAAACAUAGCCGAGUUGCUACUUCAUGGUAUGUUGUCAUCACUAUCAGCAAACGUCAGGAUAGCGAUGCAUCUCCCGUUUGACAACAAGGCAGCAGUGGCAAUGGCGGAGCGAUUUGGCCUCUGUAUGGUCAUUGGUUUAGUCACGAUGCAUACCAGAUAUGCUCAUAAGGAGGGCUGGCAGAAGGUGUUUGGUUGUAGUAAGCCGGAGAUGUGUCAUGUGUAGGUGCUGCCUUCGAGAGAGAGAGAUGACACUCUGCACGAUACAUGUAUUUCUAUUUGUUAGCACUGUUUUAGUGACAUGUCGUAUAUUUUUGGGAUCGAUGACACUUUGAAACUAACUUUAAAAAGGAGUUGUGUUGGCAACAUUUGUUGUUUUAGGGCAGAGACAUGUAUUCAUCUACAGGCGGAAGUGUGGCACUGACACAUAGUCCGUACUGAACUGUGAAGCUGUGGUAAAUACAUGACUGUGAUGGGUGAAGGUGGAUUUAUUCUUCAAUCUUUGGUGGAUUCUUAAUCUACAGAGCCAGGCCAUAACAGGGAUAUACUUUUUGAUAAAUAAUUUAAGGAAAUAUUGUGUCAGUGGCCAGUGUAGAACUUGUAUUCUAAUAGGCCCAUAACAGUCCGCGAGUGACCAUUUGAUGACAGUCAUGUACACAAAUCAAUUUUUCUCAGGCAAUCGGUAUUGGAAUGUUUUGAAUUUUUACUGUUAUUUUGAUAAUAGCUUCUUCAUAGCACAUAUAAAAUUUGGUGGGAAUUAAAGCACCCUUGGUGUACUUUUUUCACCAACCUUUGUUCAUUAAAAUGUACACAUAAUGUACACGCUGGAUAAUAGAGGUCUCUGGCCUUUAGUCAAAUUUGCAAUGUAUACGUUUACAGCAUAGGCACGUUCGCAUUUUUUUUCUGAACCUCUCUAAUCCAACAUAAAAUUCAUUGAGAGGUGCUUCAUAACUCACACAACGUAGUGAGUGUAAUGGUUACGUAUACACUGUAUGUAAAGUGUAAACAAAAUGCAUAUAUCCAUCAUGUCCAUCGAAUCUGAAAAAAUUUGUGCAGACCCAUGACAA